CGCACCUCGCGCCCGGGACUGGACGGAGGAGCGGCGUCCUACGGCCUCUGUUACCGAUGGGCUCCGCGGCCUAGCGCCCAGGCCCCGCCACCGGUGACCGGGCACCGGGGGCUGCGAGGGGUCGCCUCCGAGGUCUCCACCAGCCCAUAGCGAAGCAUGGCAGCCAUCCCCUCCAGCGGCUCGCUCGUGGCCACCCACGACUACUACCGGCGCCGCCUGGGCUCCGCGUCCAGCAACAGCUCCUGCGGAAGUGCCGAGUACCCUGGGGAGGCCAUCCCCCACCACCCGGGUCUCCCCAAGGCCGACCCAGGUCACUGGUGGGCCAGCUUCUUCUUCGGGAAGUCCACUCUUCCGUUCAUGGCCACAGUGGUGGAGUCUCCAGAGCACUCGGAAUCCACCCAGGCCUCCACCAGCAUGGUCACCAGCGGCCUGACUCCAGAAACCACGAAGCAGCAGCCAGUCAACCAGCCGAGCCAGGCCAGCACUCAGUCCUGACCUGAUUGGGGCUUCCACGGUGCUAGGUCAAAUCCUGCCCACUCCAGCGGGUAGGGUAGAUGGGCUACAGCAAGCGGAGACCAGCUGGGUUUUUCCACAUGGAGAUGGCAGGCGCCAGGCAAGAGACCCCUUCUUUCCAAAUCUCAGUGGGCUUUUCUGACCCACAUAACUGUGCCUUGCUCAAGCAGAAAAUAAACGCCAAAGAGCGGGCAGCCCCA